AUGCCAACGAGUAUGAUACACAAGGCGAUAAUUGUUUAUGUAAUUAUGAUAAACUAUUGUCAUUUAUCUUUACUAGAUGUUAAUGUGGGUGCCAAAAAACGUGGCCCACGACAAAUAUGCAAAAGGGCACACUCUACCGAUCCAGCAGCACACAGAAACAAAACUCCUGUCAAUCUCAAGAGAGCAGGUCUAGAAAGAAGAUGUCAAAGUCUUUCUCCUUCCCAUCAAACAUCGAGAAGGUCUCUAGACUGCUCGAGUUGCGCCCCCAAGUCGACAUCUGCGCCGAUGACAGGAAAUAUAAACCAAUCACAAGCAGGUUCUGCAGAAAAAAGCUCUGAAAAGGAGCCGAAACUGCCGCAACUUCCGCAAUGUGUUGUAGCCAAGAUGGUGCGAAGUCUGGCUACAAAAAGGAGAGAAUUCAUCAGAAUGCGUAAGAGUUUAAUUCAACAACAGAAUUCAUUACUGGAACAUUAUGCGUCUCUACGAGAUUUGGAGACCCAGGCAGGCGUGACCAACGAUGAGGCCCUGGGUGAUGUUAGAGUGCUGUCUGUGACCGGCUGGGCAGCUCAUGAUCUUCUACUUCUAGUGCGUGAUGACCUCGAGAUGUCAAUGCACUGCGAGAUAAGCGGACUCUUUGGUCCUCAAGUGCUUCAACAGCUAUACGCCCAACUCAAUCCAAUCCCGGACGAUGUGUUAAACAUGGCCGCCGAGGUGAUGGCACGACGAAUAGAUCUUUUAAAUUUGUUGCGCGGCAAGCAUCGGCCUGAUCGCACCAACUACACAACUAAUAUAAAUACGGCAAACUACAAGAAUCUAGAAUGGAAAACUAAAAAUUCGGAGUUUGAUCAAGAGACAGAAAGACUGCACAGGAUGGUUGCAGGCACUGUGGAAAAUUUAAAAGCAAAAGUUAAUUAUUCAUUGGAAUUAGCAAGAGUACCAUGGAUCGACCGCGAGGCAAUGGUGAAAAAAAUUGAGCGCAUGCAAAAGGAAAUAGCAUUAUUGCAAAGCAAAUUAGAAGAAAUGACAAAGAAAGAUAUCGAUGAAAAAAAAGACCAAGAUUCGCCGCAUGAGCUUACGGCUGCAUAUAAGGCGAUAUCAGAGGAAUUGGCAAAGGAGCGUGCGGGUCGCGAGACUCUAAAAGAAGUAGUGUCUGCUGCAGAGAGUACGCUGAGAGUUGCACGAGCACGCAUCGCUACUCUAGAACGGCAGCUAAAGGAGACGCGCGCUGAAUCCGAAGCCGCCCGUCGCAAGCACAAAGACCUCGAGCAACUCUACCGUCAUCGGGAAACCAGCUAUGAUGCGCGAUCGAAAAAACUGCUCGAAGUUUCCAAAACCGGUGAAUUGACCAUUGACACGUUAUCUCGUCAACGUGAUGCGCUUGAGUUGAGAGUUAAGGAACUUCGAGAGCAAGCGGAGAUAGCAGAAAAAGCGGCUGAAAUUCGUGAAGCGGAACAAAAGGCCCGCGCGGAUAUGCUUCAAGGGAAAGUCAUAGAGCAGGAAAAAAGCAGAGUGAUAGCAGAAAGCCGCGCCGCGGAGUUAGGAAUACGUGUCAAUGAAUUAGAAGAACAAUUACAAGCACUGAGAGAGCGUUCUGUAAAGCUUGUUGACGUGGAACGUAGACGAUGUCUAGAAUAUGUCCCAACAAAAGAAAAUGAACCAACUGACAGAGAAAAUGAACUCUGGAAAGAGUUACAAGCAACUAGAGUGGCUUUAUCUCGAGCAGAAGAAGAACUACGUCAAAGUCGCGCAGAUAAAGACAGUUUUUUAAAUUCACUUUCUAGGAUUGCUCAAGGAGAAGGCACCGAAAACUUGCAAGAUAAAAUGGCUACGGAACUCUUAGACAGAGAACAGAAAAUAGCAAAAUUACAGCAUUCUAUUGAAGAACAACGUGAAAAUGAAAAAAUAAUGGAACAAACUAUGACGCAAUAUGAAAAUCAGUUAGCGGCAUUGCGUCUAGAAGUAAAACGGCUGCGUAAUUAUGAUUGUUAUGCGAAAGAAAUUCCAUAUCAAGAACUUCAGACAGAGUUAAUGGAAAUGCACAUGCAAGUCAAAAAAUUAUCACGUGAACGUAACGCCCUCGUAACGGCGGCAGCUUCACGAGCCCUCAUGCUCGAGAGACACGAGCGGGCUGCCGAACUAUUCGCAAAAAUGACACGAGCUCGCAGAGAUCUUUCUGCCCUACUCGAUGGGCGUACAGAACCGCCACCUAUAGAAGAAUCAAUUAAUGCAGAGAUCUCAAGAUCAUUAACUUCGGUGUGUGCUAACGCAGCGGACACAUGGACAGCGUUACGAGUGGAACGCGCACAAGUUUUACGUCUCGAGAGUGCAGUUUUGGCUCAAAGCUUACAGCUGGAGCGCGAAGGUCGUGUCCGCACUCAGCUCGAGCGCCGUCGCGCUUUCCUUGAGAGAGAAGUGUCGCGCGUUCAUCAUUCCUGCUCCUCUGAGUACACAUCUCUCGGCAGGAAUACAAGUUUGGUACUUUAUAACUAA